GUUUCCAGAGGACCAAACCAGAAACGCUGUUGAUUGGAUGGAUUCCUGGGAUUCCCUGUAGCCCUGAACUGCAAACUGUCUCAGAAAACUAUAGGCAAUUCAUUUCCUUUAGACACUGGUGUUGCCACCUUUUCAGUGCAGACACCUGGUGAGUGUAUCCCUAGGUCUCAGCAACUGUUACACUACCUGUAGCUGGUUUAACAAAGGGUUAAGUAUGGGUGUUCCCAUUUCCCGCUCCCUCCCUCCCAGCCUCUAAGCUCUCACUCUCUCCUCUCUUCACUACCAAGGAGCUUUGGAGAGACUCCUAAGAACAAAGGAGUCUGCACAAGGAUUUAUUCUGUCAAUAUUCAGAAAGGAAAAAAGAAAAGGCUAGGUGAAAGUUUGAAGAGGAUUCUUUCAGUCCUGCAAAAGUAGAUCUCUCAAGUCACAACCCCAGCAACCAGAAUGGAGCUUCAGAAGAUGAAUGGACACAGCAGGGAGGAUGGGUUUGAUGGGCUGGAUGCCCUGGCUGAACAUGAGGAGUUUCUCCCACAUAAACCUGGUGUCAAGAAAGAAAAUCACUUUACAGACUUUGAAGGAAAGACUUCAUUUGGCAUGUCCAUCUUUAACCUCAGUAAUGCCAUAAUGGGCAGUGGAAUUCUGGGAUUGGCUUUUGCAAUGUCCAACACUGGAAUCAUUCUUUUUAUAGUCCUGUUGGUGUGCAUUGCCAUUCUGUCUGCAUAUUCAAUUCAUCUCCUGCUGAAAUGUGCUGGAGUUGUUGGCAUCCGGGCUUAUGAGCAGCUUGGGAAUCGGGCUUUUGGUCCCCCAGGAAAAAUGCUGGCCGCAUGCAUCAUUACAGUGCAUAACAUUGGAGCAAUGUCCAGCUACCUCUUCAUCGUCAAGUCUGAGCUCCCACUGGUUAUUCAAGCUUUCCUUAGUAAACACGAAAACACAGGAGAGUGGUUCUUGAAUGGAAACUACUUGAUCAUCAUUGUUAGCGCUCUCAUCAUCCUUCCUCUAGCACUCAUGAAACAACUUGGUUACCUGGGAUAUACAAGUGGCUUCUCCCUCUCCUGUAUGGUAUUUUUCCUAAUUUCGGUUAUAUACAAGAAAUUCAACAUCCCAUGUCCGCUUGUUGAUGAACAUCAUAACAUAACUCCGAUUGCUGAUAACCACACUAAUGAGGCAGACGACUUCUGUGAGGCAAAAAUGUUUACCAUCAACUCACAGACAGCGUACACCAUCCCAAUUCUGGCCUUCGCUUUUGUCUGCCACCCAGAGGUCCUACCUAUCUACACUGAGCUACGAGAUGCUACCAAGAAACGUAUGCAGAAUGUUGCCAAUUUCUCCAUCCUGGCCAUGUUUGUCAUGUACCUGCUAACUGCUCUUUUUGGUUACCUCACCUUUUAUGGUGCUGUGGAGUCAGAGCUGUUACACACCUACAUUCGAGUGGGCCCCCUGGAUGUCCUGAUACUCUUAGUGCGUCUGGCUGUGCUGGUGGCCGUCACUCUGACUGUCCCUGUGGUUCUUUUCCCGAUCCGCAGGGCCUUGCUCCAGAUCUUGUUCUCUGACAAGCCUUUCAGCUGGGCCAUACACAUCGGCAUUGCAUUUUGUCUCCUCUUCUUGGUCAACCUACUUGUUAUCUUUGUGCCCUCCAUCCGCGACAUCUUUGGCCUCAUCGGAGCCACAUCUGCCCCCAGCCUCAUUUUCAUCCUACCUGGAAUCUUCUACGUCCGGAUUGUUCCUGAGGACCAGGAGCCUUUUCUGUCCAGACCCAAGAUUCAGGCUGCAUGCUUUGCUGCACUGGGAUUCAUCUUCAUGAUCAUGAGUUUGUCAUUUAUCAUCAUUGACUGGGUGACUGGAGAGUCGCGAAGUGGAGGCGGGCACUAGCCACCAUGACUGAACAGAGAUGCUACGAACAGAAUGCCAACCAAAGCUCUCCCUGUCAUUAAAUUACUCCUGAUCUUCCGAGUUCUCAUCCAAAGCCAAACAGGAAAGUUUGGCUGCACAAGAAGAGGGAUAUGUGAAGAACCUUUGCCUACAACAAUAAAAGAAAAAAAAGUGUUUUGACAUGUGAUGGGGCAGGCCUGUAAUGGAGGAGAGCACACAGAAGUGUGAGAAUAAUGUCAUAUUGUGAUCUGACUGAAUAAAAUCUAUGUCACGGCUCGCAGCAAGGAUGUUGUUUGGAGGCAUGUGUAGAAAUGCAAAACAAUGAAUGGGAACAGCAUGACUCAUAUGGAAAUCCCAUUUUAGAGUAUGGAUGUGUACAGUUCCGUGGAAUAGCUCAGUCACUGCCAAAAUCCUUCCAAUCUACUUCCCUACCAUUUCAGAUUUUACAGGACAGAAAUUUCACAGUGUCGAAAGGCAAUCAUUUCCUUUUCCCAGGACUUUGCUUUUUAUCAUACAAACAAGCAUCAGUUUGUUCAUUCAUCAGUUGCUAUUUCAUUUCACAUUAGAUUUGUCAAAUCUGCUGGUUCAGGGUUGUCCACAUUUCCCUGAACUUCACAGAUUCAGCUAAAUAUGACCAGCAAGGGUUAGUCUGCUGUUCCACACUAACUAUUCCAAUGUACCAAAAGACAAUUUUCAAUGACUUUUACAUGGAGUUUAAUUAAUGUUCUUAAUGUGAUAUUUUGUUAAUCUAUUCUGACACUUGACUAUUGUAAGAUGAUCAUCUUUAAAGCUGAGUCUGAGGUGACCUUUUCUGAAUAAUCCAACAGAUUCGGUGCAAUUUGUGGUGUUCAGCUGCUAUCCAUAAAGGUCAAACAGACAGUUAUUGACAAUCACAUGUGAGUCAACAGACACAGAAACGUGGUUUGCACAGUUAUUAUGUAUUCCUGAAAAAAUCCCAAAGAAAACUAAACCAAAGAAUAUAACUAUUGUGUCACAUUAAAAUAGGGUGUAACACACUUUUCUUUUUUUUACCAUGUUCGGCAAAGGCCAAUUAAAAAUUGUACAUUAAAAAAUCCAGUGUUAAAAAUGCUAUGUCUGUUUUAGCAGUCCCAGAAACUGUUCAGUAUGGUGAACCUAUGGUUUUUAAGUUAAAAUGGAGUCUGUUUUCAUUUUUCUUAUUUUUGUCUUUAAAAUUUGACUAAAAGAUAUUUUGACUUUAUCUUAUGUCAUCCUGUACAUUUUUAAAUUAAUUUGAAUGUUGUUAUCUGUCAAUAAAAUAUGUCUUUCAUUUGUACAGAA